AUGGGCGCCUCGUUAGAAGAAAGCAUAAAACAACUAAGCAUUGAUCUGAAACAAGAACAAGAACUGGCUUUAAAAUCAUUAUUGGAAAGCAAGGACCUCCUGGCUAUUUUGCCGACUGGUUUCGGUAAAAGUUGGAUUUACGAAGCUUACGCAUCAAUCAAAAAUGCUCAGGUUGUGUUGGUCGUUACUCCAUUGACGAGUAUCAUAAAGGACCAAAUAGCACAUCUUAAUCGUUCAGGAAUACCUAGUGCAAAGCUUUCUGUUUUACAGCAUGAAGAUCUCAAUGCCUGUAAAUUUAAGAUUUUAUUUAGUUCAGCUGAAAAAGCACUGACGAACGAGUUUACGAGCCUGGCUGAAGGACAACUAAAGUCAAAUCCAUAA